AUGAUGAUUAUUGAAAUUAAUAAUAAAUAUUAUCUUGCCGUACUUCAGCAAUUUCCAAGAAUAGAUAUUUUAACAUCGAUUAGUCCUGCACAAGAAUGUAUUCCUACUGAACAACUAAUCAAUUCUACAAUAUUGCAAAAGCAUCCAUAUGAACGAAUCGUAUCUUACUAUGCUCUUUGUGGAGAACGUCACGAUUUGACUUGUUUUGUUGACGAAAACUUCUUAUGUUUGUGUACAAAUGAUCAUCAUGCUAAUUGUUUGACAUUUAAUCGUUAUAAAGAUUUUCAGUGUCCAUUGAAAAAUUAUUGUAAAAAUGAAGCAAAGUGUUUACAAGAUCAUCCAUCUUGUCCAUCUACAAGAAUUUGUGUUUGUCCCAAAUGUUUCUUUGGUAAUCAAUGUCAAUUUUAUGCAAAAGGUCUUGGUUCAACAUUAGAUGAAAUCUUAGGUUAUGAAUUUAAAAAUAAUAUAAUGUUAUCUAAACAACCUUUCACAGUAAAAAUGAGUGCUAUUAUCACAAUGUUGAUAUGUAUAAUAGGUAUCAUUAAUGCUAUUUUAUCAAUAAUAACUUUCUUAAGAAAACAAACACGAGAAGUUGGUUGUGGAAUAUAUCUCUUAGCAUCAUCAAUUACUUCAUUAUUAACUAUGGCCUUAUUUACAGUUAAAUUUUGGUUUCUUUUUCUUUCUCAUCAAGAUAUCUUGAGUGAAAAUGGUCAAAAUAUUAUUCUUCAUGCUAAUUGUAUGGUUAUUGAACCUGUACUAAAAAUCUCUUUAUACAUUGAUAACUGGUUUAAUGCUUGUGUAGCUAUGGAACGAACAGUAUCUGUAUUUCAAGGAAUUAGUUUUAACAAGAAUAAAAGCAAACGAGUUGCUAUAUCUAUAGUGAUAAUAUUGCCGUUUAUCAUGACUGGUCUUUUCAUUCCACAAUUAAUUAAUCUUCGUUUAUUUGAAGAUCAAAUUGAAAAACGAAGUUGGUGUGUUAUCAUUUAUUCGCCAUGGCUACAAAAGUAUAGUUUGACUUUAAUUUUUUUUCAUUACUUUGCUCCACUAUUUAUCAAUAUAUUCUCAGCUCUAUUCAUCAUUAUAGCAAAUGCUCGUCAACGAGCUUCCAGUAAAACUGAUCAUACUUUCUGGACCCAUAUUAUAUUUAAGUUAAAACAAUAUAAGCAUCUUAUAAUUAGUCCUACUAUAAUUAUAAUUUUAACACUACCUCAUUUAAUCAUUUCAAUUAUAUUAGAUUGUAACAAAUCAUCGAACUUGUUUUGGUUCUAUCUUAUCGGUUAUUUUCUUUCAUUUAUUCCAGCAGCAUUAGUUUUUAUAAUUUUCAUUCUACCAUCAACACUUUACAAACAAGAAUUUAAGAAAAUAAUAUUUCCUGCUCAGCAACAUUUUGAUGUAUUAAAAUUUAUUCCUACAAAAUUUUGA